CUCCGACCCUGCAGGGAAGACGUCCACCGUUCUGUGAUUGCCCUUCUGAUACUGUACAAAUGGCGGAACAGCAGCAGUAUCAUGGAGUAAUGGAAAAGAUCCAGGAGAAGUCCCCUUCGGCCUCGCAGGUGGUGGCGGUGCUGGCCCUCUUUCCCGUCGGCGGCACGCUGCUGACCCUCUCCGGUGUGACCCUCACCGGCACGCUCAUCGGCCUCGCCCUCCUCACCCCUCUCUUCCUCCUCUUCAGCCCCGUGAUAGUGCCCGCCGCCAUCCUCAUCGCCCUCUCCGUCGCCGGCUUCCUCGCCUCCGGCGCCUUCAGCCUUACGGCGAUCUCGUCCUUCUCCUGGCUUUACAAGCAGGUCUCCGGGAAGGGCGGGCCGGUGAUGGAGCAGAUAGAGCACGUCAAGCGCCGGGCGCAGGAGACGGCCGGUCAGGUCGGGCAACGGGCUAGGGAGGUCGGGCAGGCGGCGCAACAGAGGGCCGGCGGCGGGAGGGAAUGAAUAAGGAAGUUGAAGGGUUUUGCAAGGGUGUCAGUGUAUGUGUAGAGGGAUUUACUUUAGUUGGUGGAAGAUGUGCAGUACGUGCGUGUAGUUGAGAGAAAUGAGCGACUGCUUUCUGUUCUUUCGCUUGUGAAUAAGACGAUGGUUCUUUGUUGAGAUGAAAUUUCAAUACCUCCUGCG